UUAUGUCCUUAACGGCGGACGAGCUCCAAACCGAAAACACGCCUCCCAAAACGCUACUCUCUUGCACUGAAAUCAAUUUCUCUGAACGGUUUGACGCUGAUGCCCCGUUCGGGGCAUGGCCAGAAGAUUUUAGGUUUUCUUCGGAGUUCGGGAUGCCGGAAGCAGCCAACCGAAGCCGCAAUUUUAUGUUCGUCAAAGGCACUCGGAAGAUCUUUUUCAAGAUGAUGCUCGUUCCCGAGCAGAUCACCCGAGAGGCCGCUAUCGUACAACUGGCGGGAGACUGCGCAGUUCCCUUCAUCGGACGCCUCUUCGCGACGAAUGACGAUCGCGUGGUGGGAGUGUUGAUGCCAUGCGAGACUGUGCUCUCAGCCGCACUGCCCACGAUGCUCAAGAGGGAACGCGUCGGCCUCGCACACGAGCUGUGCGCGUUAACGCAGCAAUUUCACGCCAAGGGGCUGCUGCACGGUGACAUCAAACCAGACAAUAUCCUCCUCUGCUCGGACAGUACGCUCCGAUUCUGCGACUUUGGCUACUCGUGCGUCGUUGGUGACGGCUACGAGACAGACGGGCCGACGCUACCUUACUCGCCUGCCAACCGCGCGCGCUCGGGUGGAUUGGCACCGCCCACCCUUGCUGAAGACCAUUAUGCGCUCGGGAUGAGCUUGUGGCACAUCUACAUGGGCCGCGACGACUUCUGGGUGGAAGGAUUCAGUGCAUCAUCCCCCGGCGAGCCUGAAUCCGAAUAUGCGUACCAAAUCAUGGAGGAUGCGACAAGCUUUGGUCGGCGUCCCGAUAUGAGCCGCAUAGACGAUUCAGAUAUCGCACAGCUCAUCGUCAGGUACCUCGACAUGGGCCCAGUAGUCGAUGACGAAGACAUCCAGGGAGGGGCAUCUUGCUGGCACAAGACAUAUCGUCUUCGAGACUGCCAGUGCGAUCCGCGCUGUACUUUCGUUCGCAGAAUUCCUUGCCGCGAUUGCAACUUGUUUGGGUACCCCGCUUGUCCCUAUCUGUAUGCGGAACCUGUCAUACGGGACCCCAGAGCUGAUACGCCUGUUUGUCCCCGAGUGAGGGCUCAAUCGGACUCUGACUCGUAGCUUUUAUGCAUCAUGCUAUUCUCCAUUGUUAUCAUCGCUUUCGUUGGCUAGAUUUCGCGAUGUCGUGUGGUCAAAAGUGUCCCCAAUCUGGCCCUAACCCUAGUGGAUUGCCCGUCCAUCGGAUGGACCAACGUGAUCGUGAUCCGUCGUAAUUUCUCUCCCUGACCAAAAUGGCCAAGGGCUCCCAACUGAGCCAGCUCAAAUCCGCGCUAUCCAAUGCGGGCAUCACAGGCCCCCCGCAGAACAGCAAGAAGCGCAAGCGCGCCGCACCCGUCUCGCUCGAGAAGGACCGCGCCAAAAAGGCCGCGAAGCUCGACGAGAUCCACCGCCGCCUGAAUCCGUUCGACGAAAAGGUCACCCGGCUCAAGCACGACGUCGGCGGGCGUAAGCUCAAGGGUGUCACGGGGAAGCCGUCGCAGAGCAAGCAGGCUGGGCUCGACCAGCGGAAAAAAACGCUGCUCAAGGAGUUCGAAGAGCGGGGCCGCGCAGGAGGGAUCGUCGACCGACGGUUCGGAGAGAACGAUCCGACAAUGGGGCUUGAAGAGCGCAUGCUGGAGCGGUUCACGCGCGAACGGCAGCAAACGAUGAAAACGAAUGUAUUCAAUCUGGAGGACGAAGAGGACUUGACGCAUUACGGGCAAAGUCUCUCGAAGAUGGACGACUUCGAUCCUGUGGGUAUCACGCUAGACGACGAGGAUGAGGAGGAGACGGGAGCUGGUAAAAUCGAUGCGGACGUCGUGAGAAGGACUCAUUUCAAGGGUUUCUCUGACGAUGAGGACGAGGAGGAAGACCCCGACCGACAAAAGUCGAAAGCCGAAGUCAUGGCAGAAGUCAUCGCGAAAAGCAAGGAGCAUAAGAUGCGCCGGCAAAUGGAGCGCGAGGAAGGAGACAACGUCCGGCACGAGCUCGAUCAGGAAUUCGACGCGCUCCGCGCCCUCAUCUAUGCUCCGGACCCAUCAGCGUCCGGUAGCAACUCCAUCCCGCUCGGCGAGGGCGCACCUCUCAAGUCCGUCGAAGCCACGAUCGAAACCCAGGACGUAGACUACGACCAGCGGGUACGCGAGCUCGCGUUCGACGCGCGCGCGAAACCGAAGGACCGCACGAAGACGGAGGAGGAGGUCGCGCUCGCGGAGAAGGAGGCUCUCGAGAAGGCGGAGCGGCAGAGGCGCAAGCGGAUGCUGGGGCUCGAGGACAGCGACAGCGAGGACGAAGGCGGGCGGUCGAAGAAGAAGCGCAGACGCGGUGGUGACGAUUUGGACGACGAUUUCCAGGACGACGAAGAGGAUUGGGGUGGUAUCGGCACUGGACUGGAUGUCCAAGGUGCGGCUGAUGAGGAAAGCGACGAGGAUGAGGAUGACGAGGAUAGCGACGAGGAUGAGGAUGAAGGGGAGGACGAGGAUGGAGAAGGAAACGGAGACGAGGAUGACGAUGAAGAACCAGAGUCCGAAGUCGAGGGCGACCACGAGGAGCUCGUCGCAUCGUCAAAAAAAUCCAAGGACAAAGGCAAAUCACGAGCAAAAGAACUGCCUUUCACGUUCCCCUGUCCAGACACGCACGAGGAGCUCCUCGAGAUACUAGAAGCUGUCGAUGAAAAGGACGUGCCCACCGUCGUGCAACGGAUCCGGACACUGUAUCACACGAGUCUGGCGCCAGAAAAUAAAUUUAAGCUGCAGACCCUGACAUCUGUGCUCAUCGACCACAUCCUGUACAUAUCCUGUCCACCGUCCCCGAACUUCCCGCUCGUGACCGCCCUCCUCCCUCACCUCUUCCCCAUGGUCCGUGCCUAUCCGAUCCCAGCAGCGCAGAGUUUCGUCGCGAAGCUCACGCUGAUGCACAAGAACCUCCGGCGGGGACUGUCGCGCGGCGCGCUUGACCCAGAGUCCAAGACGUGGCCGGGCCUGCCGGAGUUGACACUCCUGCGCGUUAUUGGGGCGACCUGGCCGACGAGCGACAUGAACCACGCCGUGGUCUCGCCGACGCGUGUGCUGAUGGGCGCGUACCUGGGGCUGGGCCGUGUGCGGUCGUUGAGCGACAUCGCCAGCGGCCUGUUCGUGUGCACGCUCUUCCUGCAGUUCGAGCAGCUGUCGAAGCGGUUCGUGCCCGAGGCGGUCAACUUUGCGAUCAACAGUGUGUUGCAUCUGGCCCCGCAUGGGUACAAGGAUGCAGCGGCACUGCCUGGUUUCUUCGCGGCGCCGGACUUUCGGUCCGAUCUGUGCCGACCGCUCGCUAUGAACCGUAAGGGAGCCCCACAGGACGUGGGGAAGGCGGAGCUCGUCAAAAUCCUCACUGCGGAUAAACCCACGGAGGAAUCCAAGGCCCAGCUCUUGGUCCUCGCCGUCAACGUUCUUGGGCAAUUUGCCGACAUGUACAAGGGGCUUGAGGGCUUUAUCGAGCUGUACACACCGAUCCUGGAGAUCCUCACUCACGUCCGGGACACCAUCAGUCUCAAAACGCAACUGACUGCGACGACAGACAUGAUCACGCGGUUGCUCAAGUUCGCGCGGGAAUCGCGGCAGCCGCUGCUGCUGCAGGCGCACAAGCCCAUCCCCAUCCCGACCUACGUGCCCAAGUUCGAAGCGACGAAGUCCAACUACCUGCGGCGGCAGGACCCGGACCACGAGAAGAACGAGGCUGCGAAGCUGCGGAACCAAUACAAGCAGGAGCGCAAGGGCGCGAUCCGCGAGCUGCGCAAGGACGCGCGGUUCCUGGCGGGUGUCGAGCAGGCGAAGCAGCAGGAGAAGGAUAGGGCGUACAACGACAGUCUGCGGAAGGUGUAUGGGUCGAUUCAGACUGAGCGGGCGGAGGAGAAGGCCAUGGACAGGGAAAAGGCGAAGGACAAAAAGCGGGCGGGGAGGAAGUAGACAUGUGAUAGCUCGCCUGCAUCUCAGCGAAGGAACGGUUCAUUGCGCGAAAAGGUCAAAGAUGACAUUAAUAUGAUUGCAAGCUAGGGAAAAACGCAGGAAAGCUAUGGACCUGUCUCAUUUUAUGGCUAUUUUUGUAAAUGGUCUGUGGUCUGCGGCGCAAGGCUGUCGUUGGGUGUGCAGCACGUCCUGUCACGGAUCACAUGUAAAACGUGACGUUCUAGCCUGAUCACUUGCACUGCCACUACGCUGUCCAGCCCCAACUGAGCGCCCACGGUUGCGCAACCGUAUCGACUGAUAGUCACAUUCCAGUGGCAGCUGGCAGAUUCCACCACAGCUGCCACACACGUGCUUCUCUUGGAUGACUUGCUGUAUGGAUCCCGGGUUGUGGUCAGGUGCGCGGAUAGGCGGAGAUGCAGUGUAAUGGAGCUCGCCCCAUUCCAUCCAUAAGCCACCAGUGUCCAAGCACGCACAGGCCGCCACUGUCUCGUAGCCUAUGGGGAGGCAUUGCACCCGUCCAGGAUGCAGUCCCGGUGGAUCACCUGGAUGACGGACAUCCGUGAAGACUGAUGAGGGUCUCGUGCCACUUGCGGACCCAGAUUCUGCAGCGUUCGCGUUCUUCAGCGCAUGCCACAUGAGCAUUCUGGGCUUCUUAAGGCUCCGAAUUACGCAUCCGGCUCCGACUUGCAUCCGCGCCGCGGCUCCGCGCUGCGCCCUGUUGACCGUGGUGCGCUGCGCAUGCCCAGGCGGCGGGCGAUAGCUCGCUUUUGCGUCUCCUCCGGCGCCUCGUCAUGCCGUGUUGGACUCGGGAAGGCGGGGGACGAGUUCCUCGUCAUGUCUUCUCCCUCAGCGGUCCGUUGUGCUCCGACUUGGUGGUGCUUCGAUGGCCUUCAGUACUCAGGUGCCCCACCGAUCAGGCUUCUCCAUCAUAAGGACGCAGCGUCAUCUAUAAAAUGGGACUUCGUCCUGCGCUGCUCCUCCAAGAAACGCAACCAUGCUUAGCGUCCUGACCGGUGCGCUGUUGCUUACCCUGGGCUCUGCUCAGACCCUUGCCCCGAAGAAAUACCUCCCCAUCCCGCUGGGUGGGAUUCGGGCGAGCGGAUGGCUCCAAGACCAGCUAAUGGUCCAGACCAACGGGCUGGCGGGCCACGAGCACGAGUUCUACAACUAUGUUGCACAAACCGACUGGAUGGGCGGAAACUCGUUCUACUCCAAUCUGGAAGAAGGCGAGCAUGGCUUUUCUUGGUAUGGACGAGUAUCUAAUGGCUGGACAGCGGGCAGCUACUGGUUCAACGCGAUGGUCCCCAACGGCUUUCUGGCCAACAACUCCGCGAUCAAUGCCAGAGUGUCUCAGUUCCUCACGUACGUCCUCGACCACCAGGACUCGACCGGCUGGUUGGGCCCUGAGGUCAACACGACGAAGCCGCGCUACCUCUGGGGCAGAUACCCCUUCUUCUUCGGCGCUAUGCAGAUGACGGAGAUCCACCCUGAGGUCACCACCCAGGUCGUCGAUGCGAUGUACAAGUUUGUGACGCUCGCCAACUCGAUGCUGCACAGCAAGAACACGGGAGUGGAGGCCUGGACCGCGACUCGCUGGGAGGAUUUCGUGAUGGCCCUGCAGUGGCUGUUCGACAACCACCCCAAAGAUGCGACCAGCCAGGCACUGCUGAUCGACACGAUGAAGCAGCUCAAGUACACGGGAGUGCCGUGGGAGAAGGUGUUCCUGCCCCAGUACUUCCCCACCGGAGCCGUCGAGAACACGCCCAACCCCUUCAAUCUGCCGCUCACGUGGCACGGUGUCAACUUGGCCGAAGGACUGAAGGCUCUCCCGGCGACGUAUCGGUUCACGCAGAACCAGUCUGAUCUCAACGUCGCGAGCCAGGGUUGGGAUCUGCUUUUCCAAUACCACGGUCGCCCAUCUGGUAUCUAUGCUGCCGACGAGUAUCUCGCGGGUCUGGAGGCUAUCCGGGGCACGGAGCUUUGCCUUGUUGUCGAGACCAUGUUCUCCGGUUCCUUCAUGUACCAGGUCAUGGGCGAUCCCAAGUUCCCCGAUCGGGUCGAGAGAAUUGCGUACAACGCGCUCCCUGCCACGCUUACUGGCGAUAUGUGGAACCGCCAAUAUCUGCAGCAACAGAACCAGAUCUUUGCCGGAAACAUGGGUAACAACCCUUUCCCUCUGGACGGACCGUACUCGAACGUCUUUGGUCUCGAGCCGAACUACCCAUGCUGCACCGUCAACCACCCUCAGGGCUGGCCGAAGUUCAUCACCAACGCAUUUGUGACGACUCCGGACAAGAACUCCUUGGUCCACCUGUAUCUGGGGCCGUUCACCACUUCCGUCACACUCGGAACUUCCAACACCGUGUCGGUCAAUGUUGCGACACUAUAUCCAUUCUCGGACACCCUGACCACGACGAUCAACGCCCACGCCGCGUUCACAUACUACGUUCGUAUCCCCAGCUGGGUUGUGAACGGCACCAUCGCCAUCAACGGGGGCAAAGCCACAGCCGUUUCGCCCGUCAAUGGACUGCAGGCCGUCUCCGCCAAAGCCGGAAAGACUACGUUUGUCCUCAACCUGCCCGCCGCUAUCACUAUCGAAUCCCGGCCUCACGGCUCGGUUGCUGUCCACCGUGGUCCGCUCAACUAUGCCUUUGACAUCCCCCGCCGCACGACCGUCCUCGCGACGAACGCACAGCAGAGCAUGGCGCAGGACUUCGAGUUCGACUCGACCGCCGCGUGGCAGUACGCGAUCGACCCGAACAGCCUCAAGUUCGCCUCGAAGCCGCCGUCGUCGGGUGUCCUGCCGUCGCCGGUGUUCGACUCGGGCCUGACGCCGCUCAGCAUCACCGCGACCGCGUGCGUGGUCAGCUGGGGCGUCGCGGGUGCGACGUACGCCGCGAGCCCGCCGACGAGCCCGGCAUGUGUCGGGAACAAGACGACGAUCACGCUGACGCCGUAUGGGUCCACGAAGCUGAGGAUCAGCGAGUUCCCUGUGUUUGCCUAGUUCUGUAUUGCUUGUUGUGUGUAGUUUUGUGGUAUCAGAAGUCAAAUCGAAUCGAAUCGAAUCAUCUUAUCAAUACUGUACAUCAGAUGUGUCUAGUCAACUGAGCCGCGACGUUUCACCAGUCGUGGGUAUGUCGAACGUAACUAAACUACUUGCUAUACACGAACGUCUUCUAUAUGUGGGUAAUAGAUGCUUUUAGGGUAUAUGGUUUCCGAUAUGUAGAUUAGGGAUCCAAAGUCUAUCUCUUCGAGCGACUCAUCGUCCGGCCAUGCCGCUUGUCACUGCCACUCCCCGUGCUGCUGCUGCCGAGCAACCGCUUCCACCAACCGCCGUGAUGUUCCUGCACCGGAUGCGGCGCGGGCGGAUACACGAAAGCCGGCUGCUGUGCUUGUGGCACCACAACGUUGGCGUACUACGAUCGAUCGGCAGCUUGCACCUUGCCCGUCCGCGGGUCUAUUAUCCACGCCGCCGGCUGCUGCACUUGCUGCUGCAUCGGCUGCUGCAUCUGCAUCUGCGCUUGCGGCUGCGGCUGGAAGUACCCGCCCCCGCCCGGCUGCGCGGCGUUCACCUGGUACACCCCGUGCGGGCUCUGCACCUGCACGACGUACCCGCCGCCGCCGCCGGAUGUAUGCGUCCGGCGGUGGUUGCGCGCGCGCGCGCUGGUAUGCCGCGAGGGCGAGUGGGACUGCGCGCGCGCGUGGUGGCCGCGGCGCGACGUGGGGGCCAUGACCUGCGAGAUGGAGUCGUUCGGGGAGACGAGCGUCAUGGUCGCGAGCGUGUUGGCGCGCAGCGGCGAGCGCAUGACGGGCUCGUGGUUGUCGUGCGAGUACGAGCGCUGCGGCUGGCGGCGGUCGUGCUUCGGGUGCGACUUGGACGACGAGCGGGACGAGGACGAGUGGCGCGACGUCGAUGGCGAGCGGUGCCUGUCCCGGCUGGAGGUGUGGUAGGAGUCUUGCACGUCUGAGCGGGGAACGAACGGCGAUUUGUACUUGUGCGAGUUCGCAGCGGUAUCCGUAGCCCAGUUAGAGAUACGCUGCUGCGUGCGUUGGUAUUGUUGCGCCGCCUGUGGAGAAUAAUCGUAUUCCGACAUCGCGGGCGUGGGUGUCUGUCUAUGCAGUAAUCUAGUGUGGUGGAAACAAGAGGGGUGGGACUAGCAAUCAACGUAAGCACGAGAAGCCCUGGAAGCGUGGAAACGGUGCUGGCAGCUGGGUCGAGCUUUUUAUACGGCACGCCCACAAAUGAAGCCAGAAGCGUGUUUGCGGGGCCGUGGUAUGCCGAGGAUACUCACGAGCUGUGUUGACACGCCUGUUGCCCUGCGUCAGGUCAGAUCGCCCAGGGAUAGCACCAGUGCUAGAUCCGUGCGGCGUGGGAUCAGACGAGGAAGGUGAGCGUCG